AUGAGUGACAAAGAGGGUGCGUCUCCCGUAGGGCCUCCUAAGGACAGUGGAAACGCCUUCGCCAUUGUGGCAUAUCUACAAUGGGCCAACCGCUCCGUCUCAGACUUUGAACAAGGCAAGCACGAAUGCUACGUCGAGUUCGAACAGGAUCCAGAAGUUACCCAGAAAAGGUACCACAUAGCCAUUGACUUGUAUGCAUUGUCAUAUGAGGUCAAGGACAUGAAGGAUGUGAGAGACGGCGAAGAUGUCGAACAUGAAAUCUAUGCGCCGCCUGUACUCGCUGCACACAUCCUUCGUGAAACCCGAAAGAUCACCGACGAAUCGUGGCCUUGGGGAGGAGGGCACCCCUUGCUGCCAGCGUAUAGCAAGUGA